AUGAGCUCGAAACAGGUCCCCAUCCCGGGCCCCAAGGGCGUGCCCCUCCUCGGCAACAUCUACGACAUCGAGCCCGAUGUCCCCGUCAAUAGCUUUGAGCUGCUGGCCGAUAACUACGGUCCGAUCUUUCGACUAUCCACCUUUGGUACACCCCGAGUGUUCAUUAGCUCCCACGAGCUCGUUGACGAAGUCUGUAACGAAGAGCGAUUCACGAAGAAGGUCGCUGCUGGCUUGCAUGAGAUUCGCAAUGGCGUCCACGAUGGCCUCUUUACGGCGAACUACCCCGGCGAGGAGAACUGGGCUAUUGCGCAUCGCGUUCUCGUGCCUGCUUUUGGGCCGUUGAUGAUUCGGAGCAUGUUCGAUGAAAUGUACGAUAUUGCCGGCCAACUCGUCAUGAAAUGGGCUCGACAGGGCCCCCAAACCCCGAUUAUGGUCACGGAUGACUUCACCCGCCUGACCCUGGACACCAUUGCCCUCUGCGCCAUGGGUACUCGGUUCAAUUCGUUUUACCAUGACGAGAUGCACCCGUUCGUCGAGGCCAUGGUCGGCUUGCUGUCGGGGUCGGGCGGCCGCGCUCGUCGCCCUGCGCUGGUCAACAGUUUGCCUACUAGCGACAAUAAAAAGUACUGGAGCGACAUCACUUAUUUGCGCAACUUGGCUCAGGAGCUGGUGGAUUCGCGCAAGAAAAACCCUGAAGACAAGAAGGAUCUCCUUAAUGCCCUGAUUUUGGGGCGGGACUCGCAGACGGGUCAAGGUCUGACCGAUGAUUCUAUCGUGAACAACAUGAUUACGUUCUUGAUUGCUGGCCAUGAGACUACCUCUGGCAUGUUGUCAUUCCUCUUCUACUACCUGCUCAAAAACCCGAAUGCCUACAAAAAGGCCCAGGAAGAGGUCGACCGCGUGAUUGGCCGUCGCAAGAUCGUCGUCGAAGAUAUGUCGAAGCUGCCCUAUAUCACAGCAGUCAUGCGCGAGACACUGCGACUGAAGCCCACGGCCCCCAUAAUCGCCCUGCACGCUCACCCGACAAAGAACAAGGAAGAUCCCGUGACACUAGCAGAUGGAAAGUAUGUCCUGCACGAGGACGAGGCGGUGCUGGUCAUGCUGAGCAAGAUGCAUCGCGACCCGAAGGUCUACGGCCCCGACGCCGACGAGUUCCGACCGGAGAGAAUGCUGGAUGAGAACUUUGAGAAGCUGCCCAAGAACGCCUGGAAGCCCUUUGGCAAUGGCAUGCGCGGCUGCAUUGGCCGGCCAUUCGCCUGGCAGGAGGCCUUGCUGGUGAUUGCGAUUCUGCUGCAGAACUUCAAUUUCCAGAUGGACAACCCCAGCUAUGACCUGCGCAUCAAGCAGACCCUCACCAUCAAGCCCAAAGAGUUCCACAUGAAGGCCACCCUGCGCGAGGGCCUUGAUCCGACCACGCUCAGCACUUCUCUCAGCGGCUCUGGCUCUGCGCCUCCGGAGUCUGGUGCUGCGAGCCGGGACCGAAAGCCCAAGGUGGCUCCCGCGGGCGGAAAGCUGAAGCCAAUGCACAUCUUUUAUGGGAGCAACACGGGCACCUGUGAAGCAUUUGCUAGACGAUUGGCUGAUGACGCGGUCGGCUAUGGGUACUUGGCGCAGCCAAGCUCCUUGGAUUCGGCAUCACAGAAUGUGCCCAAGGAAGAUCCCGUGGUUUUCAUUGCCGCCUCCUAUGAAGGCGAGCCCCCCGACAACGCGGCCCACUUCUUCGAAUGGCUCAGCCAACUCAAGGGUAGCGGUUUGGAAGGCGUCAACUACGCCGUAUUUGGCUGCGGCCAUCACGACUGGUCCUCCACCUUCUAUCGGAUCCCAAAAGCAGUAAACGAACUCGCCGAAAAGAACGGAGCCAACCGACUUUGCGAUAUCGGAUUGGCCGACGCAGCCAACUCGGACAUGUUCACGGACUUUGACAGCUGGGGCGAGACCAGCUUCUGGCCAGCCAUCACGGCCAAAUAUGGCGGUGCUGGCCCAGCCAAAGACUCCAAGCCGAAGUCGUCGCUUCAGGUGGAAGUGAGCUCGGGCAAGCGCGCGUCGACCUUGGGUCUGCAGCUGGAAGAAGGGUUCGUGGUCGAAAACAAGCUCUUGACGCCGUCCAACGCCCCAGCCAAGAGAGUGCUGCGGUUCAAGCUGCCCUCGGAUAUGACCUACCAGUGCGGUGAUUAUCUGGCCGUGCUGCCCGUGAACCCGAGCUCCGUCGUUCGCCGGGCGAUCCGCCGCUUCGAUCUGCCGUGGGAUGCCGUCCUUUGUAUCUCCAAGUCCUCGCAAAGCACCAGCUCGCCGCCGUCUAUCCCGCUCGACACGCCCAUCUCAGCCUUCGAGCUCCUCUCGACCUACGUGGAGCUGUCACAGCCCGCGUCUAAGCGCGACCUCAGUCUGCUAGCAGAAGCAGCCAUGGGCGAUGCUGAAACGCAAGCCGAGCUGCAAUAUACAGCGUCGAGCCCGAGCCGGUUCACCGAGGAAAUCGUGCGCAAGCGCGUCAGCCCUCUGGACCUACUGAUGCGCUACCCGGCAAUCAACCUCUCGAUCGGCGACUUCCUCGCCCUGCUACCGCCCAUGCGCGUACGACAGUACUCGAUCUCGUCGUCGCCACUCCUCGACCCGUCCGAGUGCUCCAUCACCUUCGGCGUGAUCAACGCGCCUGCGCUCUCCGGCACCGCCACCCCGGGCGGCGACAGCACCGAGCGCUACAUGGGCGUAGCCUCGACCUACCUCUCGGAGCUGCAGCCCGGCGACCGCGCCCACAUCACCGUGCGGCCCUCGCACUCGGGCUUCAAGCCGCCCGUCGACCUCGACACGCCCAUGAUCAUGGCCUGCGCAGGCAGCGGGCUCGCCCCCUUCCGCGGCUUCGUGAUGGACCGCGCCGAGAAGAUCCGCGGCCGCCAGAGCUCCACGGACGCCACACCAACCCCUGUUGAAUUAGCCAGCAAGCCCGCCCGCGCCGUGCUGUAUGUCGGCUGCCGCACUAAGGGCCAGGACGACAUCCACGCCGCCGAGCUGGCCGAGUGGGCUGCGCAGGGCGCUGUCGAUGUCCGCUGGGCGUACAGCCGGCCCGCGGACGGGGACGAGUCGCCGGCGCGCCACAUCCAGGAUCUGAUGCUGGAGGACCGCGCGGAGAUUGUGGAGCUGUUUGAGCAGGGCGCCCGCAUUUAUGUCUGUGGGAGUACGGGGGUUGGUGGAGCGGUGCGCGAUUCCUGUAGGGCUAUUUUCUUGGAGCGGCGUCGGGAACUGCUUGCUCUUGCGAAGAGCAAGGGCGAGACGCCGUCUCUGCCUGAUGCCGAGCUUGAUGAGGAGACUGCCGCGGAUCGGUUCUUUGAUAAGCUACGGACGAAGGAGCGUUAUGCGACGGAUGUUUUUGCUUAG